UGUAAUUGAUAUUCAUAACCUUCAGUUUAAAUGGUAGUAAAUACCAAGUACAGGUCCAACAAUACUAAAGCUGGACAAUAAAUUAUUAUAAUUAAAAACUUAUUAGAUGAUUUAGUACAUUGAGUAUAGAAUAUAGUGAUUGAAUGAUUUAUAAAAAUAAAAAUGAUUUACGAAUCUCAGCGGAUCUGUUGAUAUUUGAAUAAAAAUAGUGUAAAUAAACACUAUUGGUUUUUUAAAAAUAGCAUGUAUGACAGAUAAUAAAACUUGAAUAUGUCUGCUAUUAUUGAUGAUAAAGUUGUUGCUGGUGCAAAAGACCCUAAUGUGGUUAAGGAAGAUCCAAUUGUUAUAUUAACUGACAAAGUCAAGUCUUUAUAUAUUUUUCGAGAUCACUAUUUUGAAACUCAUCCAAUAGAAGAUGCUGUAAAAAAAAAGAGCGAUGUGGAACAAGAAAUGAAAAGUACUUUAGCCAAAUUUGAUGAAUGCAAAGGAUAUGAAAUUGAUGGCUGUCGUGCUAAGUAUUAUUAUUUGAAAGGAAAAACUUUGAAUAUCGAAGAUAAAUUUGUUCCUUUGGCAGAAGAACUUUUAAGUAAGGCUGUAAAGUUAGAACCAAAACUUAUUGAGGCUUGGAAUGAACUUGGAGAAUGUUAUUGGAAAAAUGAUGAUAUUCAACAAGCUAAAAAUUGUUUUGUUGGCGCUUUACCACACGGUAAAAACAAAGUUUCGUUAAGAAACCUUUCAAUGGUAUUAAGACAAGAAAGUACAACAACUCAAGAACAGAAAAUUCAAAAUAUUCAACAAGGAGUUGAAUAUGCAAGAGAAGCAGUAGGUUUGGAUCCAACUGAUGGCAUUUCAUGGUCAAUUUUGGGAAAUGCUUACUUAUCUUCAUUUUUCACAAUAUCUCAAAACCCUUCCAUCUUACGUCUGUGUAUGUCAGCAUAUAUACAAGCUGAAAAAGAUUUAAUUGCAAAAAACAAUCCGGAUCUGCAUUACAACAAGGCUAUGGCUUUGAAGUAUCAAGAAGAAUACAAUUUAGCUUUGGAAUCUUUUCAACAAGCAAUGCUACUUGAUCCACUUUGGGAUGCUCCAAGGAUAAAACAAACUGAAUUGAUUACAUAUCUAAAAAAUGUUCAAACAUCUGUAAAUUCAAAAGGCAGUAUUAAACCAAAAAAACUUUCACAAAUGCUACAAAAUCUGAACAUUAAACAUUUGGGGCCUUAUAAAGAUGGUUCAUAUACCUCUGGAGAUAAAUCUGUAAAACUGGAUUUGGUAUACCUAAAAAAUUUAGUUCCUGAUAUCAAUACAGAAAAAGUAGUCUUUGGAAAAGUUGUAUGCUGGAUUCAAGAUUCAGAAUGUGUACCUUUUACGUUUUGCAUAGUGGAUGAGGAGAAAAAUUGUAUGGCUGUGACUUUAUAUAAUUUGGCUAAAGGAAAAGGUGUCACUGUAGGGGACUCUGUUGCUAUUCCAGAACCAUUUUUGAUACAUCAAAAGUUUGAUUACCUAGAAAAUAAUUUCGAUUUUAAAUCAAUAAGAGUGGAAACACCUGUUGUGCUUGUAGUUAAUGGAAGAAAAUUAGGAAGAGAUCAACAAGCAAAUGUAAAAAUGUCAUCAUUUAAGAAGAGUGACUAAGAAGUGAGUAGAUCUGAAAAAAACUAUAAAAUGAAGUAUUAAUUAAAGCAUUUAUUGGCUAAAGACAAUUUUUUAUAUCAAUCAGUUACUAAUACAAAAAUGAAAAUGUUAAGUGACACAAUUGUGGAGUUCUCGUGAUUACUCUUUAUACAUGUAUAUAAGUUGAGUGUUGAACACAAUGAAUUUUUAACUUUUAAUUUGAAAGUGUAAUUUUUACGA